AUGCAUUACAAAGAGCAAUUUGUGUCCAAAUGGAUCAGUCUAUUCGACCCGAAAAAUGAGGGUGUAAUCACAUAUGAAGGUUAUUGUAGAACUUUGGGAUUAAUUCCUCGCCGUCACGACGAGGAGGGUGACGAGCGAAAACCGCAAACCAGCGGCAGUGGACCCAAGCCGGGAACCAGUUCGACUCAACCGGAGAGUAAAAAGGAAGAAGAAAAGAAACCGGAGGCACGAGCCGAGUAA